AUGGCAGAAAUUGAAACAGAAAAUUCUCAUCGUCGAAACCAUCUUAUGGAAGAUGAAGAUGUGAACAAUGAAGACAUCAUCAAGGUGUAUCCAUCAUCACCAUCACAACAACAAAAUGUCGAAUCAUCAUCGGAUGAGGAGCAACAAACUCUGGAAUUUGAUGAUGAAGACGAUGGUGGUGCUCAAGCUCGUAAAAUCAAACAAUUAGCUCUGUUGAAAACUUCUAUCGGAGGUCGGAGCGGUUUGGACGACCUAGAUGCCUUGAUGGAUGGAGAGGAUGCUCCCAUUGAUGAAAGCCUUCUGUACUCCAUCAAGAGAAAGUCUCUAUUAACGGGAGAAGAGCAAGCAAUGGAUGGGCAACAGGAUGAAGAAGAAGGAGCCUCAGAUUUCAACUCUACAGAAAACACCACAUCAUCGGAUGCAAAGAAGAAAAAGAAGAACAAAAUUUCAAAGAAGAAACAAAAAGAAGUCAAAGAUUUGGAAGAUGCUGUCUAUGCACAAUAUAAGAGAACCAAAGAAGUCGAUGAGGAUCUUCCACAAAGAGCACUCAAACACAUUUUCAAAUUGGAGGAACUUGUCCCUAAAAUUCUCACACAUUUAACGCCCAUGGUUGAUACAUUUACUUCUCACAAACGACCUCUCAAACCUGAAAUCAAAGUCGAUAAAUUCAUUAAUGCCACAGAAAAAGUCCAAUACAAGCAUGCACUGCUUUCGAGUGAUGAUGAGGAUUCCUCAGAGGACGAUGACUUUGAUUUGGUUGUGACUAAGGACAUCUCAGCACAAUCUGCUGACUCGAUCAAAGAAGAUGCAAGUGAUGAAGAUCUAAUGGAAGAAGAUGAAGACGAUCAAAAUGAAGAAAUGGAGAUACUCAAUGUUGACCCCAUUGCACCAACAGCCCCUUCAGAGACCUCUGAAGAAGGAACCAAAGCUGAACAAUCACCAGUUCAAGAACAAGAAGAAGGCAAAGAGUCAGUCCACACAGAAACAACAACUAUUUCUGCUGUUGAUACAACAGCAUCUGAAAUCAAAGAUACUUUCAAUGAUCCUCUGGUACCUCAAACACUCACACUAGCUCCUGAAGAACAAAUCACCAACAAAGAAGCCAAUGAUGACGAAGAACCAGAGGCAGAAACAUCAUCAGAUGAAGAGGAACAAUCUGAUAAACAAGAAAAGAAGAAACCCGAGUUAUUAGAAGAGGAAAAACAACAACGGGAAUUGCAACGCAAGUUAGCUAUCAAGCAAUACAUUGAAGAAAUGAAAGCUGAAGCAAAAGCUGCUGAAGCAUACAUGUCUGAUGAAUGUGAGGAGGAGGAUGAUGAUGGAAAUGUUUUGAACUACAGAACUCUUGACGAUAUUCACAACUUGGAUGACAAAGAGCUGGAAAAGGAAAUUGAAAGUUUCAUUGAAUUCAACGAAUCCGAUGAAGAAUCAGCUGUACAGAGAUCAGAAGUCGAAAGUGAAAUUACAGACAUAACUGACGAAGAAGAGGAAGAAGACGAUGAAAUCUUGUCGGUCAUGAGUUUUGGAGAUGAUGACAACAAUUUACCAAGCAGAAAUAGGAAACUGGUGAAGAAGGAGUACACACCACAAAUGCUUAAAGAACAUUUUGAGAAGAACCGAGAAUUACUGGAGAGCAUGAAGCGACAAGACGGUGGAUAUGGACCGUUCAGUGCAAGGACUUCACGUCUCUUGAAUUUGACCCUUUCUAAAUUCGCUAUUCCUCAAUCUGCUGUGGAAGAUGAUAAAAAGAAACUCGAUCAAAGAAAGGAACGAUUGGAGCUUGAAACCAAAAAGAAAGAAGCUGAAAAGCGACAAGUAGAGGCCUACAGAAAUGCAUUGAAAAAACGAAAACGAGAGUUACUCGCAAGUCAAGAAGCAACAACAUCUGAACAAGAUUCUCAAAGUAGCAGUGUUGUGUCACCAUCGCCAUCGCAUAGCCUCCCAUCUCUUUCAUUCUCAUUGACUAAUUCCCAAGAAGUGUUGUCCAUCAUUCAACAAACUCCAACCACCAGCACGUCUCAGGCACCACCAUCCAGACCAUCCCAUAACAAACAUGCAGCUCCUAAAUCCUCCUUCCUUAACAACACAAAUCGACAAAAGGCAAAACAAUUUGUUGCUAGGCAAGAACAGAAAAAGCAAAAACAGUCCAAACAAUCCAUUUCUGUAUUUUCUCUAUCCUCAAGUUCUACAGAAAAACCAAAGAAAAAGAAAAAAACAAGUCAUAAGAAGAAAUAA